GUGAUAACAUUUCAGAUCUAAAGUAAAGCAAUAGUAAUAGUUUUCGUGGGAUAUUUGGACAUCAAUCUGAUCCACACUUUCAUCCACAAAAAGAUGAAGAUCUUGUACUCAUUGUUGAUUGCAUUAGUGAUCAUUAUGCCUAUGAUGGUCACAAACACCACCACCAAUGCUACCGAUAUGGUUGACACAGCCGUUAACUAUUGUGACCGGAAUAGUGUGUCGGCCAACUGUCUUCCUUACGAUAACCAAUCGGACGGCUGUAACCAUGUUAUUGACUCUAUUGUGGGAAAACGUAGAUUUUGCUGCCAAUUAAUAUACUAUCGGCAAUGUAUUGGACGUGAAUUGACUGAACAACAUUGUGACUACAAUUUGCUCAACAAUUUCACUAAUGAACAGUUUGGCGWAAUUGUGUCACUCAUUGUCAUGUUUACAAAGCAUGGAUGUGCUUCCCGGUCCAUAUCUACAUUUUAAUGGUCAUCAGUUUCAUACUAUUAGUGGUU